AUGGCGCCCAAAAGACCCCUCGAGGAUGAUGCAGACUCUCCAAAGCCCAAGAAGCACCGCACAGGCUUCAAGAUUGGCCCAGACAACCUCCCAGACGGAACACACAGGCGGAAAGUAAUAAAAAUAAAGAAAGAUCUCAUCCACAAAGCCAAAGUCAAGAAAUCCUACGCAAAGCUAAAGGCACGAGAACCCAUUACACCAACACCAAUCCCCACCGAACCAGGAGAACCCGUCGAGCCAGCGUCCCAAGACCUCCAUCCAGAGCGGCAGGCAAUGCUCGAUGCGCCGCGCGAUCUUACUCCACCUGUCAACCAAACACAAUCGUUCUCUCAGGGCCCUCAGCAGCGGAGGUCGAAGAGGCCGGGGUAUUUUGAGAAAGAGCAAGCAUUUGCUGCGCAGAAGAAAGCAGAGGCUGAAGCUAGGCGGCUAGAGUUUGAGAGGAGAGAAAAAGAGAAGAAGCAGAAGAUCGAGGAGAGGGAACGGUUCCGGAAGGCUAUGGCGAAGGCACGGACAGGGGGGAAGAAUGGGCAGAGGAAGCUCGGAAAGGAGAGCAAGGUGCUGCUGGAAAAAGUCAGAAGGAUUGUUGGGGAAUGA